AUGCACCCCACAAGGCCUACCAAGUCGAUGAUCAAUCUUGCCGAUAAAUCAGAGCGAUUCAAGUCCCUCAAAGUGGAUUCCAUUGGCAAGCUGUGGCAUGCGGGGGACCCAAAACCUCAUCCACGUCUUUAUGUUGAAAUUGUCAUUGUUUCUGUCUUCAAGGACAUCGCCCAGCUUAACCCCCUCUUCCACGACCAAAUUACCAACUUCUCUAUCGACCAGGUUGCAUCCAAUGUCUUUGAUGAGCCCAACAAGCUCACUGACUUUGCAGCCGCUGUAUCCUCUUAUGAGGAACUUCUUGAGAGUCUUCUGAAGUCAGAUGCUCAACCCAAGGUCACACACUACAAGCGUGCCUACAGACAGCCCCCUCGCAUCCUCGGGGGAGGCGCAGUUGUAGCCAUCAGAUUUACUCCCUACCAGGAUCGCCUCACCCUCAAAGCCCCCAACACAGAUCAGAUACUUGGCCUCCGUGUACUCCUACCAACCCAACCACUGAUGCACUCUUCUCCUGCAGAACAGGAACAAGGAGAAGAAGCUGGGCACGAAGAUGUAUUCAUACCAAUAGCGGGGGUCCUCAUACGUGCUCGGGUGGAUUUUGGGAGGGUCAAAACAUUCGAUGAGGCAUAA